AUGUGUAGGUUGUUACAGUAUGGAGGCAUAGAGGCAGCGUGCCUGCUACUGAAGGACAGCAGCCCGGACACACAGGCAGGUGCGUCUAUGGCAUUAUAUCACAUCACGAGAGAUCCCUCUGAGCGCGAAAGGCUCGCUAGCAAAGGUGUUGUGGAGGCGCUCUACGGUGUCGUACGCCGCCGGAAAGCCGAUGACCUCACCAUGAAGCACUGUCUGGGGGGGCUGUGUCUGUGCGCCAGUACACAGAGCAUCGCCCCACGGCUGGUCAAGAACGACCACCUGCGGCUGUUGCUGGACUGUGUGUCAGACACGAGCGCGUUCACGACCAGUCGCAUUUUGGCUAUUCGGAUUGUGCUGGCGCUGGCGCGGCAGGAGAGUGUUCAGGAAGCUAUUGUCAUGGACAAGAACGGUGCUCUAAAACGGCUGGUGCAAUGCCUUGAACUACCAGAAGAAGACCUGGUGGUUGUCACAGCACAAUCUCUGGCGUUUCUAUCCACAGGCUCAGAGCCAAUCAAAACACGCAUCGUGCAGUGCGACACGGCCUUGCACUCUGUGCUCUGCCGCACGGCCGAGAAGUGGAGUACCUCCGUCUCUGUGUUGUCCAACAUCAGCUGCACCAUUGCCAACCUAGCCAGUGUAACCAGCGACAGCAGUCGUCUGCUUAUUCCUGGUACGACUGCUGGCGUGCUGUGUGUGAUUGCUAACACACACGAAGACUCAUACGAGAUACAACGCCACUGUGGGAGGGGCCUGGGCAAUCUGUCGGUCGUACCGACGAAUGCGUUGCGCUUGCUGCCGUACCUGGGGACUACUAUUGUUAGGAUGCUGCACUCGUCCAACGUCACAGUUCGCAGCCACGCGCUCAGAGUGAUGGACAACUUAACAGUCGUAACCAUGGCAACGCCAACACGGCAGCAGGUAGCCGAGCUAAUCAAAGAGGAUCCACAAUGCCAACCUAUAGGCACAAGGCUUCAGCUGCUGGUAGACCAAAUGGGCGACAACAGGACGGGCCGUAUCGCCACCACUAUCGUCGAACGACUACAGAGCAUCGACACCACCACACCCCACACAGCCUAUGGCACUAACAGUGCAACAGACACAUCUCAUGACACCAGCAGUAUACUAGACACCGCAGCAGAGGACCAGGAGUGGAUGAGAACGCCAUGACGGGAAUGAACGCGUUAUGACGAGAAUAAACGCGUUACGAUGUGAAUAAACGCGUUGUGAUGUGAAUAAACGUGUGAAUAAACGCGUUAUGAUGGGAAUAUACGUGGCUAUACUCACUGAGUUGAAGUCCGUUUGUUUUGUCUUGCCAUGCGGCAUAUCCAUGACCUGAAUAUGAAAUCUACCGGAGCGAACGGGGUGGUAGAACACAUACCUACAACCACACUACUGUCCCUCACCACGGAGCAAUGAGUCUAUCAUAUAAAGCCAUUUGCGCAUGACAGUUAGUUCAUGACAGGACCUUCUGUGGUUAGGGUUUAGUGCACCCAAGUGUCCGUUGAUCCACCACAUAGGCCAAUAGUCUGCCAACAAACGAUCCACGCCUAAAUGAACCACGCUUGAAGCACACGGUGGUGUGCUAUUGACGAUACAGUCCAGCGGUCACGUGACGACCUGCGCAAGAGGCGAGCCGACAGCUGCCAGAGGCUUGGCUGCUUUGUUUUAAGGUUUUAGUUCAUGAUUGUCACAAAUAAAAUCUUAUACACCCA